AUGACCACCGACGUCUUCACCUUCUACGACAUUGACAGCGCCGACCACACGAGCUGGUCGCCCGCCACGCUGCGCACCUACUAUACCCUGGUCCACCUCUCGCUGCCCUACGUCCGCAGGCCCGUCUGCAUGGCCGACGUCGCCAGCGUCUCGGCCUCGCUCGGCGCCCCGCAGCGGCCCGAGGGCGCGCGGCUGCGCUACACGCUCCCCACCCUCGUCCUGCCCAAGUCGGGCGAGGUGGUCAACGACUCGGUCGACAUCGCAAAGAGGCUCCAGGCCCUCGGACACGGCGACGACGCAUUCUGGGACUGGAAGCGCCACGACGACGCCUUCGUGCCCGCCCUCUCCAGCCUCACGUUUGACGACCACUACGUCAACAUCCUCCCCUACGUCCCCGAGCUCCUCGACGACCGCGGCAGGCAGUACUUUUACGACACCCGCAACGCCUGGUUCCCCAAGACGCUCCAGGCCUACCGCGACGACCAGUCCGCAAACGACCCCGUCGCCGACGUCGUCCGCGUCGUCGAACCCUUCGCCAGCCUCUACGACGGCUCCGCCCCCUUCCUCAACGGAACCUCGCUCAGCUACACCGACAUCUGCGUCGCCGCCUUCCUCGGAUGGGUCGCCUUUGCCCGCGGCAGGCAGACCAUGGACGCCGCCCUCAAGGCCGCACACGGCGGAUCGCUCGAGCCGCUGUGGAAGUGGGUCGGCGACAACCUCGCGCUGCCCCACGCCGCCGACAAGUAG